UGUUUAUGUAUGUCCGGUAGCGAGGUGGGAAAGCAUCUUAUUUAACCUAAAAGGAAAAGAGGACUACAAUGUUCAGGGCAUUUCCAUGGUGACGUCACCCAGGCCACUGACACGUAACGGCUAAUUUCUGUUGAAAAAAAAAGUGAAGCAGGAAGAAGAAAGGCUGCCAAACAGUUGUUAUCGUGAAGCAGAGGAAGGAGGCAACUUUGUCCAUUGCAGAAUCUCUUCAGAUCUCGAUCCUUGGUAUCAUCAUGAACGUGUUUGACCGCAACAUCAACUUUGACUCCCUCUUCAAGUUCUCCCAAAUAUCUCAUUCCACCCAAGUGCACCUAAAGAAUGUGUACUCCAGUCUGGCACUUUGUAUGUUUGUGGCUGCAGCUGGCUCCUACGUCCAUGUUGUCACACGCCUCUUUCAGGGAGGUUUGCUGUCUGUGAUCGCCUCCCUGGGGAUGAUGUUUUGGCUCGCCAUGACGCCCCACAAUGCUGAGACGGAGAAGAAGAGACUGGCUAUCCUCGCAGGCUUUGCCUUCCUCACAGGUGUUGGCCUCGGCCCCACUCUGGACUUUGUCAUCUCCGUUAAUCCAAGCAUCAUCGUGACCGCUUUCAUGGGAACCUCCGUCAUCUUCGUUUGCUUCACUCUCAGUGCUCUCUAUGCCAAACGCAGGAGCUACCUGUUCCUCGGAGGCACCUUGAUGUCCGGCCUCUCCCUCCUGUUCCUGAUGUCCGUGAUGAACAUGUUCUUUGGAUCUGUGAUGCUCUUUAAGGCUCACAUGUACCUCGGGCUGCUCAUCAUGUGCGGCUUCGUCCUGUUCGACACUCAGCUCGUCAUCGAGAAAGCCGAGAACGGAGACAAGGACUACAUCUGGCACUGUGUGGACUUGUUCCUUGAUUUCAUCACCAUCUUCAGGAAACUGAUGGUCAUCCUCGCCAUGAACGAUAAGGAUAAGAAGAAGGAAAAGAAGUAAAAGAUCGUUUGGAAAUAAAAACAAUCUGUCAGAAAAUGCACAAUUUGCAGCGCACUUGGUGCUUUUCACUUUCUGUCUUCAUUUAUUAAAUUAACUCUUAUGUGGUCUUAUAUUAUUGAAAUUUCUUUGAUUUAAUUUUCAAACUUACAACAAGGGUUGAAUGUAAGUUUAUGGUAAACUAAUGCUAGUCCCCACCAUGGCUGUGAGUGGAGAAUUAGUCUGAAGCUGCAGUGAACAUGCUUGGCCUGUAGAGGGGAGCGUUGCCCUAUGAAAGCUCCCAGAAGCCGCGCAGCACUCAGAUACUUAUUUAGUGCCAUAACUUAAUGACAUGAUGUCACGUGAGCUUCUGAGGCUGAUCCAUGUUUUAUUUGAAGUUCUGUCGUUCAGUCGUUGAUUUGCUUUAUAGUUUUCCUCUGUUCUCUUUAGUGGAGUGUCACAGCAAGAUAUGGUGUCCCAUGAUUUUGACAACAGACCCCCCCCCCCCCCUCCCCCCUCCCUCCUUUAAGAAUAAUCCCAGUAAUUGUUUUCGUUUCCACAAAUAUUGUUUUGUGACCAACAUUUUGAGUAAGAAUGGUAAAGCCUGGUAACACUGACACUAACCCUGAAAGCCUGUCGGUCAUGAUGAGCUCAUUCAGACGGACUUUUUGGAUUUGGGAUGUUGGCAGGUGGAGGAAGAAGAUUUGGUGCCAUCUGUCCAUAUUUCCAUCUUGGAUAGCAGGCGAGUUAUUCAGACCUCUCUGUAAAUUCUCUAAAUAUCUGUUGUCUAGAAAUUAGUUUGCCAAAUGAUGUGAUGUUUAACCUUUUAAAGAUUUUUUGAAAGUGUAUACUGUGAAGAAUUUAUUUUAUGGAUGUAAAGUUGAAACUAAUAAUUUGAUACAUUUGCUCAAAUAAAUGUGUUGAACGUAUUGAAACAAA